AUGUUGAGCGAGACUCGACCCCCGAUUGCCAUUAUCGGCUUGUCAUGCCGCUUUCCCGGCGAUGCCACAGACCCUUCAAAGUUCUGGGACAUGCUCAAGAAUGGACGAGAUGGCUACACGCCCAGAACAAACCGAUACAACGAAGAUGCAUUUCAUCAUCCAGGAGGCGGCAACAAGCGCCAAAACGUUUUGCCUGUCAAGGGCGGGUAUCUGCUUCAGCAGGACCCCUACGUAUGGGACGCCGCCUUUUUCAACAUCACAGCCGCCGAGGCCAUCGCGUUUGACCCCAAGCAGCGGAUCGCUAUGGAGGUCACGUACGAAGCUCUCGAGAACGCCGGACUGUCUUUGCGCCAGACGGCCGGCACUCAGACCGCCUGCUACAUGGGCACCUCUAUGAGUGAUUACCGGGACUCGAUUGUACGGGAUUUCGGUAACUAUCCCAAGUACCAUCUGCUCGGGACCAGCGACGAAAUGAUUUCGAAUCGCAUCUCUCACUUCCUCGACAUUCAUGGCCCCAGCGCGACCAUCGAGACGGCCUGCUCCUCCAGCCAUGUUGCCAUCCACCUUGCUUGCCAGAGCCUGCAGUCCGACGAGUCAGAAAUGGCAAUCGCCGGCGGCGUGGGCAUGACUUUGGUCCCAGAGAGCACGAUGCAACUCAACAACCUGGGCUUUCUCAGCCCCCUUGGCCAAUCACGAGCCUUUGAUGCCAAAGCAGGCGGGUAUGCUCGUGGCGAAGGCUGCGGGGUCAUCGUAUUGAAGCGGCUGGAUAAGGCUAUUGCGGACGGUAACGAGAUCCGUGCCGUCAUCCGGGGCUCGGGCGUCAACCAAGACGGAUGGACUCGGGGCGUCACGAUGCCUUCAGGGGACGCACAGGCUGCCCUGAUCAAAUACGUCUACGAGUCCAAUGGGCUCGACUACGGCGCCACGCAGUACGUAGAAGCACAUGGUCCGGGGACUCAGGCCGGCGACCCUACCGAGACUCGUGCUAUCUACGAAACCAUUGGGGCGCAGGGGCUUAAGAGCAACCCUUCCCGCAAGAAGCUCUGGAUCGGCAGCGUGAAGCCUAACAUCGGCCACCUCGAGUCGGCCGCCGGCGUCGCUGGCCUGAUCAAGGGCAUCCUCGCCAUGGAGAAGGGCUUCAUCCCGCCCAACAUCCAUUUCGACGAGCCCAACCCGGCCAUCAAAUUUGAUGAAUGGGGCUUGGCCGUGCCCACGAAGCUAACCCCCUGGCCUGCUUGUCAGACGCGGCGUAUGUCGUGCAGUUCUUUCGGCAUGGGCGGAACAAACGCCCACAUCGUUCUCGAACGGCCCGGCAAUCUGCUUCUCGAGGAAGCAGACGCCGCAAAGAGCGGCUUCCCGUCUCCCGAGCGCAAGACAAGGCUCUUCACCUUUAGCAGCCACGACCAGGCCGGCUUCAAGCGCAUCGGGCCCGCGCUCGCCGAGCACCUGGACCGUCUCGGCCCGGCGGCCUCGACGCCGGAGUACAUGGCCAAUCUGUCGCACACCCUCGCCUCGGGGCGCUCAGGUCUAUCAUGGAAGGCCUCUUGCUUCGCUGGCGGUGCUGAGGACCUCAAGACGCUACUUGUAUCAACUCUUGGAGACAACGCCACGCGUCAGUCCAACAACGAGGAACCGCGUGUCGCAUUUGUCUUUACGGGUCAGGGCGCCCAGUGGGCGCGCAUGGGGAUCGAGCUGAUGGAGCGCAGGGUCUUUGCCGACUCGGUCAACAAGUCGGCCAAGCUGCUGCGCGAGUUUGGUGCAAGCUGGGACCCGCUGACGGAGCUGUCCAAGGUCAACAAGAUAUCUCGCCUCAGCGGUCCUGAGAUCAGCCAGCCCAUCUGUUCUGUGCUGCAGAUUGCUCUGGUCGACCUCCUUCGGAGCUGGGGCAUCGUUCCCCGCAAGGUCGUUGGCCACUCCAGCGGCGAGAUCGCGGCCGCUUACUGCAUCGGCGCGCUAACUCAUCGCGACGCCUUGGCCGCGGCAUAUUUCCGCGGCGUGGCCUCUUCUAGCGUCCAGGGUUUGAACGGAGGCAUGAUGGCGGUCGGCCUGUCCCCCCAAGAAGUCGCAAAGUACAUAUCAGAUGCCGGUGUCCAUGUCACCAUCGCCUGUAUCAACUCUCCAUCGAGCGUCACUCUCUCCGGCAGUGCCGAUGCCCUCGAGACUCUGCGGACCCUGCUCGACAAACGCGGUAUCUUUGCCAGGCGCCUCAAGGUCGAUGUCGCCUACCACUCCCCGCAGAUGCAGACCUGCUCCAUGGAUUACCUCACCUCCCUCGGCGACCCAAAGUGCGUGAUAACGCCAGAGAGCGGCGAGCCGGUCGUCAUGGUUUCCAGUGUCACCGCUAGCGAGAUUGAUCCCGAAAUGCUCAAUCCCUUCUAUUGGGUACGCAAUCUGAUCUCUCCCGUGAGGUUCUCCGAAGCUCUCGUCGAACUUGUUACUCCUGCAGGAGAAGAAGAGGGCGAAGCGGUUGAUAUCCUGGUCGAAGUCGGCCCUCACAGCGCGCUGCGUGGCCCUAUCGAGCAGAUACUGACGCACCACGGCAUCAAGAAUGUCGCCUACGCGUCGACGCUUGUGCGAGAGGAAAACGCCGUCGACACCUGCAUGAGGCUCGCCGCGGACAUGUUCCGCCGCGGCGUGUCUGUCAAGGUCGCCGAGGUCAACGGCGAUUCUCGCGUGCGACUACUGACCGACCUGCCGCCCUAUCAGUGGAAUCAUUCCAGAGUGUUCCGCGCUGAUUCGCGUUACCAGCGCGAGAUUGUCUCCCAGAAGGACCCGGCCAAGAGCAUCUUGGGCGUGGAGCAGCCUAGCAUGAGCGAUUCAGAGCGCGUUUGGCGAGGAUUUAUCCGUCUCGAGGAGGAGCCGUGGCUACGCGACCACACCGUCGGUAACAUGGUUCUGUUCCCCGGCGCCGCCGUCGUCAGUGUCGUGCUCGAGGCCGCGCAGCAGAUGUUCGACAAGGGGAAGAGGCCUCGCUCUAUCAGAAUGAGAGACGUCAUGUUCAACACAAUGAUGGCUCUUAGCGAAGACGAGGCCACUGAAAUCAUUAUUCAUAUCCAGCCUCACCUUCUCGGCACCGCGGGGUCUGCCCAGCCCACCCCGUGGUUCGAGUUCACCGUAUCAUCGGCGACAGGUGCAACCGGCUCCGUCCGUAGCAACGCCCGAGGUCUGUUGUCCAUCACCUACGAAGAAGACCGCGGCCCUCAGAUGAUGCGAGAAGACGCCAAUACGGAAAGAGCUCGCAUCGACGAGCACCGCAGGAUCCUCGGCGAGUGUCCCGAGGGGUGCCCCAAGGACAGGUUCUACGAUACCCUAGCCAAGUCGGCUCUCCGGUAUGGCGAUGUCUUCCGCGGGGUCAGGUCUUGUCAUCCCGGAAACGGCAAGUCUGCGUUCGAGAUCGAGGUGACGGAUAUUGGCGAGACCUUCACCAAGGGCAGACUCGACCGGCCUUUUCUCAUCCACGGCGCGGCGCUCGACGCUGUUCUUCAGGCCUGGAUGGGCACGACGAGCGGAGCCAACGGUCCCGAUUCCUUCGGUUUCGAUAAUGCAAUGCUGCCUAAGAGCAUUGGAGAGCUGGAGAUAUCGGUCGAUAUUCCCGCCGAGGUCGGCUACGUGAUGCCCGGAUACAGCCGCUCUCGCCGGCACGGCUUCCAGGAGUGGUCGGCCGACAUUGUCACGCUCGAUAGCCAUCUUUCGCGCGUGUUUCUCUCCAUCAAGGACUUCCGUCUGGCGGAGCUCGAGGUGGAUCACAACGCAGGGGCAGUACCCGACGGAGAGCAAGUCAACGUCGAUCCGGCCGAGAUCUCCUUCGAGCCUCGGUGGAACUACGCUCUCGACAUGAUGACUCGAGACGAGGUCCGGGAUGUAAUCUCCAAGGUCCCUGCCACCACCGCCUACAGCAGACUCGUCGAGCUCAUUCUCUUAUACAUUCACAACCAUCCUGCAGCCAUCGUCGUCGAGUUGGCCGCGGCUCCCGGGGAUCUCGAGAACGCGGUUGUGUCCAGAAUCCCCGAGGAGGUCAUCAACUGGACCCAGAUCCGAUAUGCCCUGUCUCACUCUGCCGAGAAAGAGGACAAGGGCGACGUCCAAGAGCGCCUACAGGAACAGUCCUUCCCCCUUGGGCCCCUCGACACCCCUCUUGCUGCCGACGCCCCCCGUGCGGACCUGAUCAUCGUCCCGCACCACGCCAUAGAAGACUCUACGCAAGAUGGUUCUGGAAUCGCGAAGCGCCUUCUGGGCCUAGCCAAGCCGAAUACCAUGAUCUUUGUCGUCGAUUCGAACGGUCCAGACACCAGAGAAGACCCAUUCACCUCGGCACUCGAGGCCGAUGCCUUUGAGCUUUUUGUAUCGAUCCCCGCGGGUGUCAAUUUGCUCACUCUUAGGGCGUUUGUAAAGGGGGGCGUGGCUGAUGCCCAGCCAGGGGGUCUGGUCAACGGCGAGGUCGGCAAAAAGGCUAUCAUACUCGUCCCGGCCAAGCCGUCCGACGCGGUACAGACUUUUGCCGACGAGACGGGGCAUAUCCUCGACGGCCUCGGUUUUGUUACCUCGAAAGAGACCGGUCUCUGUGCCGAGAUCGACCCCUCUGCCACGUAUGUCUCGCUGCUCGAGCUAGAGAAGCCUCUACUGAAAGACCUGUCCGAGGCCGAGUUCGAGUUUGUCCGGGCCUUGAUGCUGGACCCGGAGCGGCUCCUCUGGAUCACUCGAGGCGGAAACACCUUUUUCGGUUUGAUUGACGGUUUGGCACGGGUGGUCCGCAGUGAAUACAACAGCACCAAUAUCCAGGUGUUGCAUCUCAUGAGCCCGGAAGCCGGACAUGGCCCGCGCCUGGCCUCCCGCAUUCUGCUUUCGCGCACCAGGGACAGCGAGUUCAUGGAGGCCGGCGGCCACUUGAGGGUUUCUCGCAUUUACAGGAACCUCGAAGAGGAUGAGAGCGUUCGUCGUCACCUGUUCGACUCCACCCGCGAGCUGAGCCUCCUCCACAGGAGUCCCGAUGCCCCGGCCAUGAAGCUGGCCGUCGGCAAACCCGGGCUUCUCAACACCCUGCAGUUCGUGCCCGACGAAGUCAUGGAAUCGAUGCCUCUCGGUGACGACGAGGUCGAGCUCCGGGUUAUGGCGUCCGGUGUCAACUUCCGAGACAUAAUGGGCUCCCUGGGCCUCUUGCCCGUGUCCGGCAUCGGCCAAGAGGCCAGCGGCGUCGUCGUCCGCGCGGGUAAGCUGAGCGUGGCAAACCUCGAGCCCGGCGACCGCGUGACCACGCUCUGCGUCGGCGGGGCCCACGCGACAAAGAUUCGAUGUCACUACCGCGUCGCCCAUAAGAUCCCCGACAACCUGUCUUUUGAAGAGGCUGCCGGCAUCCCCGUGCCAUACUGCACCGCCUACUACGCCCUGGUCAAGCUCGCAAGGCUCCAGCGGGGCCAAUCCAUCCUCAUCCACGCUGCCGCUGGCGGAACUGGGCAGGCCGCGAUCCAGCUCGCCAAGCAUCUCGGCCUCAUUGUAUAUGCCACCGUCGGCACCGAUGAGAAGCGCCGGCUCUUGGUGGAGAACUACGCCGUCCUGGACGAGCACAUCUUCUACUCCCGCGACGCCAGCUUCGCCAAGGGAAUCAAGCGAGUCACCGGGGGCCGUGGUGUCGACUGCGUCCUCAACUCGUUGUCCGGCGAGCUCCUCCAGGAGUCCUUCGCCUGCCUGGCGACGUUUGGCACGUUUGUGGAGAUUGGCCUUCGCGACAUCACGGAGAACACGCGCCUGGACAUGCGUCACUUCGCCAAGAGCACGACUUUCACCUUCAUAAACAUGGUAACGUUCCUCCAGGAGAACCCUAACGCGCUAGGGGAGAUACUGGACGAGGUGUUUGGGCUCUUCUCCAAGGGCAUCCUGAAGCCCGCCUGCCCCAUGACGGUGUACCCCAUCGGCAGAGUCGAGGAUGCGUUUCACGUGAUGCAACAAGGUAAACACAUGGGCAAGAUAGUUUUAUCGUACAGCCAGGACGACGGGAGGGCACCGGUCCUCUGCAAAGCAAAGACGUCGCUCCAACUCGACCCCGCCGUCACGUACCUCAUCGUCGGUGGCCUCGGCGGCCUGGGGCGCAGUUUGGCGACUGAGUUAGUCGCCUCUGGAGCGCGCAACAUCGCGUUCAUCUCCCGCUCUGGCGACCGCAAGCCCGACGCCAAGGUUACCGUUGACCGACUCGUCUCCCGUGGCGCAAACGUCAGGGUGUACCGUGCCGACGUCUCUGACGAAGCCGCGUUUCUCGCCGCCAUGGAUCGGUGCGCAGAGGAUCUUCCGCCCGUAAGAGGCGUUAUUCAGAUGGCAAUGGUCCUCCGAGACGUCGUCUUUGCAAAGAUGAAGUAUGAGGACUGGACGGCUGGUCUGCAACCCAAGGUCCGGGGCACGUGGAACCUGCACAAGUACUUCGACGCCAGCCGGCCCGUCGACUUCAUGAUCUUCUGCUCGUCCAUCGCCGGCGUCUUUGGGAAUCCCAGCCAGGCGCAAUAUGCCGCAGGCAACACCUUCCAGGAUGCGCUUGCCAUGUGGCGCCGCCACCAGGGACUCAAGGCCGUGUCUGUGGACUUGGGAAUCAUGCGCGACGUCGGAGUCAUCGCCGAGGGAGCAUCCAACUUCAUGGCUGCCUGGGAGAAGGUUCUCGGUAUUCGGGAACCCGUCUUCCACGCCCUCAUGAAGAGCAUCAUCAAUAGGCAGCAAUCAAAUGGCCCCUCCGACUUGGUUCCGGCUCAGAUUGUCGUCGGCCUCGGCACCGGGGACAUUAUCGCCCGCAACGGCCUUGAGAAGCCCGCGUACUUUGACGAUCCGCGCUUCGGGCCUCUGGCUGUUACCAGCUCCCUGUCUGAUGUGAGGGGUGGCGCCGACGACGGUUCCAAUGUUUCUCUUGCUUCCAAGCUCGCGGUGGCCAAUGCCGACAAAGAUCCGACCAGGGCUUCGAGUAUCGUGAAAGAAGCCCUAGUCGAUAGGGUAGCCGAGAUUCUUCGCAUCCCUUCCUCAGAAGUUGAUGCCUCUCGGCCGAUGUAUCGCUACGGCGUGGACUCGCUCGUGGCGCUGGAGGUACGGAACUGGAUUGCCAAGGAGAUGAAGGCAAACAUGCCUCUCUUGGAGAUCCUGUCUGCUACGCCUAUGGAGGCUUUCUCGGUACAGAUUGCUAAGAGAAGUAAGCUGCUUGAGGACAUAGACUUCUAG